CUAAAAAAUAAAAUAAAAAAAAUAAAAAAUAAAUAAAAAAUAAAAAUAAAAAGAGAGAAAAAGGAAAAGAAAGAAAGAGAAACCCUAACAAGCUCCACUGGCCCCUCCUCCUCCCUCCUACUCUUUCUCUUUCACUUUCUUGAUCUCCAUUCCACCAGAAUCCCUCUAAAUUGCACAAAAUUAGGGCUUCUUCUCCCCGAUCUCGGCCGUGUUUGCCGUUCAUUUGUUGAAUGCCGUUGUUUUUUGGCUUUGAAUUUGAGUUGAUUUCGGUUGGUUUUGGGAAAAGGUGCCGCCUUUGCAGUGGUUGUGCCGGAGUUGGGGAAGCCCUAAGAGAGGAGAUCAGUGCUCGUUGGGGGUCGGGAAAGGUUCAAAUCAGACAUGGUGUUUUUGUCCGUGAGAAUGAUAGUUUUGUAAACAUAGGAGUUCUGUAGAAGAUGCCGCCUUCGCCUGCAUUGAGGUGCUCCCCUGGGAGGGAGCUUAGAACUGAGCAUAACCACAAGAGAGGCCGGAGUUUUGAGAGCAGUGUUCCAAUGAAAACUAAAGAUGAUGAUCUUACCUUGUUCACUGAUAUGGAGUCUAGGGAGAGGGAUAACUUUUUGUUACAAUCGGCUGAUGAUUUGAAUGCCUCCAUUGCGAGAUUGAGGUACUGUUCCGAUUUGAAGCUCAGCGUCAACAUUCGUGCCGGGGGACAGAGCAGUGAGUUGCUGAAUGUGGAUGGUGAGAAGAAUGAUUAUGAUUGGCUGUUAACUCCUCCUGAUACUCCUCUUUUUCGGUCCUUGGAUGAUGAGGAGGCUCAACCUGUUAAUCCAGCACCUAGGGGAAGGCAGCACAGUCAGCCCAUCUCUAUUCGAUCGCCUGCUAGUGAGAAGGCUCAACGGACAAGUAGAAGCAGUUAUAGUCCGCAUAGACUGAGCCCAUCACCUCGAUCUACCACUGGUGUCACUCAACCAAAGGUAACUCCAUCUUCUGCUCCCCAUUCUAGUCUGACACCUUUAAGGCCUACGACGCCUUCAAGAAGACCUUCUACACCACCGAACAAACCUUCAGCAACUACUCCCCGGUCUUCAACUCCCACUCUUAGGAGGAUGAGCACUGGUUCUGGUGGUCAGGCAUCUUCACCUGUAAGAAGGGGGACCUCCCCAGUAAGGCCAAGUCGUGGCAAUUCUGCUUCCCCGAAGCUGCGAGGAUGGCUGACAAAUCCCCCUGGUUUCUCCUCUGAUUCACCUGCAAACCUUUGUACUUCUCUGGCAGAGUUGCCAUCAUCAAAUUCCAAGGCUGUGUCUCCAGCAUCUAGAAAUGGACGACAGUCCAUGUCACCAACUGCUCCUAGAAACAGAAGGCUGUCAAUGUCACCUGUUGGUUCUAGAAGUACUACCGCACUGCAUAGCCAUGAACGAGAUCGCUUCAGCACUUACAGUAAAGGUUCUGUAGCAUCAUCUGGUGAUGAUGAUGUGGAUUCUCUCUACUCUGUAGGCAUUGAGACCUCUUCCAGCCCAUCCAGCGGACAAAAUGGAGUUAUUGGGAAUAGCAGAGCUAUACCAUUCUCUAAGAAACCAGUCAGAACACCAUCUGCAAGUUCUAUUCCCAAAAGGUCUUACGAUUCUGCACUUCGACAAGUGGAUCAUCAUAAAACUCCCCAGAAUAUGUUCAGACCACUUUUAUCAAGUGUUCCUACAACCACAUUUUAUACUGGGAAGGCAAACAGUGUGCAUCGUCCAUUGUUCUCAAGGAAUUCUUCUGUCACAACUAGCAGUAAUGCAAGCUCUGAGCUAGGUGUCAUUGUUGCUCAUGAUUUUGUUGAGGCCGAAGAUCAUGACCAGAAUCAUUUAGUUAAUGAAUGGGAAAAGCCUCAGGAUUUUGACGCCCAAGAGGAAAUCUUUAUAUUUGACAAGAUGGAUGAGAUAAGUGAAAAUGGACAUUCUGUUGGAGGUGUGUCAAACAAAGUUGAUCUGGAGGAAGAAAAAUCUGCUGCCAACUUCAGGGAUCCUGGAUGCAUAGCACCCGCUUCUGAUGCUUCAUAUCUUGCCGGUAUCCCUUCUAAGGUUGAUUGUCUUGAAAUGCUGAAGACUUGCUCUAAAUGUGGAAAGCAAUUCCGUAUUAUGGACAUGGAAUCAAUUACCGAUGUUUGUCAAGAAUGUGUUGAUGAUGAUUUGGCUUCUUCUGAAGCGGCAUCUCAAACUGCUUUUCUUGUAGCUCAAAAUGAAUAUUCUCAGUCAGUGAGGCACGCUGGAAUAGAUAGAUUGUCAGAAGAGAUGCUGCCUGCCAUGGAAAUUUCUGAAUUGCCUGGUUUGCAUGAAAAUAAUGUUGACCGGGAUCCUGAUUUUGUGCCAAGCAGCUCUUUUUGCAACAUGGAGGUUGAUCUAACCAAAGUCCAUUCUGAUCAGCAGCCAAAGAGCUAUCAAGAGGAGAAAGCUGUACAAUCUGAAAGUAAAUUUCAAGAACCACGGGAUGUUACUCAUCCAAGUCCAAGGGCUUCGACUCCCGAGGGAACAGGUAUAUCAGUACUAUUGCAAAGGUCAAGUAGCAGUAAAUGGCCUGUUGUCCAGGGAAGAGCAUUCUUGGCUUCAAGUAUAAUGUGUUCUGAGCCUUCUUACACAAGGGACAAUGCUAAUGUGCUGAGACGCAGCUUUAGUCGAGAUAGUGCUUCCCCUUCUUCUUCAGUUGACUUGGCAUCAUCUAGACAAUCAGAGUUCCGCCUUCAACGACAGUUAAGCAGCCGGAAAGCGGAAAUAGAGCACAUGAGAAAUGCUGGUAAUGCAAAAGCUCAAAUUACUGAGCCUUUAAACUCUGGAGUCUCAAGUGAGCAAACAUUAAAUGGUUUUGUUGAUGCUGUGGACUAUGAACCUUAUGGGAAAAAAGAAACAUUUGAUCACGAGCAUAACAACUCCCUAGAAAACAUGAGAUCAAGUAGUACAAAGUCCAUGCCUUCCACACAAGCGGUUGUUGAGGGAGAUUUAUUCGGUUGUACUGAUAGUUUCACAGUAGUGGACUCUUUGCAUGAUGUCGAGACUGGAUUAGCAGGCGUUUCAGAAAAAUUAGGAAACAACAGAAGCACUCGAGAGUCAGGUGUAGAACAUGGUAUACCAGAUUCCUCUUGUAUUGGUGAAGAAGACAUGCUUAAUAAUAGUGUUUGUGGAAAUGAGAUGUCCGCUGUUCCAACAGAAAGCCCUUCUUUGGCGAUGCCACAGUUACAAAUUUCUCUUGAAGGUGUCCAAGAUUUACAGAGUGAUUCCGCUGCCUCAAGUGAUCGAAACAACAUGGAUGUAUCUCCUGAAUGUUCUGGUCCUGCAUCGUUAGAGAAGGAUUCAGAUUCACCGGCAUCCGCAAUGGAGUCUUACUCCAUUGACCAACAUCAUGAGAAAUCAAUGAUCACGGUGGAAGGGCCCAGAGGACACAUGUCAAGAAGCCUAACACUCGAAGAAGUAACUGAUACCAUCCUCUUCUGCAGCUCCAUAAUUCAUGAUUUAGCUUACAAGGCUGCAACAGAGGUAAUGGAAAGGGAGGAGUUUGUAACAGAGCCUCUUCGGCCAACGAUUCCUUCUAACAGAAACACUGUCGCCAACCCAAAAGGACUCAUCAUGGACAUCAUCCUACAAACGAACACCGAAACCUCAAAAGACCAAGCAGAAAAAGCUGGAAACUGAAACGAACACCACGGUCACAGAAUUCAAAGAUAAUACAAAGAUCCAAAACACCAUUGUUUCAAAUCAUGACUCGGUCGCGAACAAGCUCGACAGUGCUAAACCUCCAAAGUUGGAAUCCAAGUGCAAUUGCACAAUAAUGUAGUGAACCUAUAUUGAUGCAGAGAGUAUAUACAUAGACUUUAACUGAUUUAUUUGCGAUGGAAAUACCACGGUUGUAUCGGUUGAUGUGGUUUUGUAUAAUUGUUUAUGUAUGAGAGUCUCUUCAUGAGAGGAAUUAUAGAGUUUGUAGCAGGCUGGUUCUUUGGUUUUUAAUCUUGUUAGUCUGGCCCUCUUUUUUU